GUAAUCCCCCGGUUAUUGUAGCGGGAAACUUUAUGAUAAACAGUAUCAAUCCAAAAACAAUGCGAACAUUAAAUGAUUUACUGCAUAAUCAUUUUCCAACUCCUUCUGUAUGGUGUUUCAGUGAAUUAUGGCUCAUAGACUGACUAAAGAGGAGCUGGAUCAGCAGUUUGAACAGUUCUUGAAAGAGUCUGUCUCUGAUGACUCUGUUGAUUUGGGUACCAGCACCAGGCAUCCUAGUGUUCUUGACAGCUUGGGACAAGCACCUGUCAGGCCAGUAAAGAAGGCUUCAGUGUCUGUGCCGUGGUGGCAGGAUGAUGAUGGCAGUGAAGAGGGACCAGAAAAAGCCACUAAACGCCGUUUUACUAAAAUUAAAAAGUCCCAAGCUGUGGACCCUCAGGUGGAAUCCAGACACAGAGAAAGCCCUCCUCUGGUCCCUAUUAAACCCACCCCUAAACCUCAUAGCAAAGCACUUGAUAGGGUGAGCCAGUUGUCCAAUCAGAGGGCAUCCCACAACAAGAGUCCUGAACAUGAUGCAGUAAAUGAGAAGAUGCUAUCACCUAACCAUAGUUACUCUUUAGAGGAGCAGAGGGUCUCAGAGGAAGACUCUUGCUGCGUACCAAGUCCAGCGCCUGAUAACACCUCCAGUACAUCAGGACACAAGAGUCCCAUUCACACUGAUUCUGAUGAGUUGUCUGUGGAAAGCGAUGCUAGUCAUUCAGUCGAGAUGGAAGAUGGGAUGUCAUCAACAGGAAAGUCCUUCCUGAAGUCUCUGAGGAAGACUCCGUCCAUUAAGGAGGUGGAUGAAGAACAGCCGAAGGAGCUAUUCUUGGAGGAUGAAGGGAAUAGAGACCAAGUCAUCUUUAGCAGAGACAGUCUUGAGCCUGAAGAUUCUGUGAUGGUGUCUGGUAUGGUAUCAAGUGCAGGUGUUCUAGGGCUGGAUACAUUGGAUGAGGAUGAGAAUAUCAGGUUUUUAUCCAACCUGAAGAAAGAAUCCUCUUCUUCCAUUGACUAUCCCAGAGUGAAUCAAGAACAGGAGCCAUCCACCCCCACCAGCCCACAAAGAAGAGAAGAAAUGGAUUCAACAAAUGAAGAAGAACAGAGAAAUAAUAAAGACUCUGCUGCAUCGCCUGCAUAUAGUGAAGAUUUUGAGGAAGAGGCCAGCGAGAAAAGUAACGAGGUGCCUCAAGAGAAGAAGCCUGAAAGACAAGGCAUGCUGGCCAAAGUGUCACUGCAUGACUCUCUCAAUUCCACGGAUGGAGCAUUGCCUCCUGCAGUUCCCAGUUUGGCACCCAGGAAAGAAAAAUGGCCAGACAUCAAACAAACAGAGAUGCCAGCAUCGGAACCUGCAGUUCAAUCAUAUGGUCAGAGUGGAGGGAGUGAGAUGGAGGCUCUCCAGGAGGCGUACAGGCAGAUCAGCAGCUCAGCAGGGGAGUGUGAGGACAAACGAGCCGAGGGCAGCAGGACUCCCUUCUCUCUCUCUACACUUCAGCCUGCCUCCACCGUGGAGUCAGAUUUACCCACUGCUGAGGAAUUGAUGCGUCCGAUUGGACCAGACUCUGGAUUCACCCGUGGCUUCUCUCUCCAGCCCAUAAUUGGGGCUGUGCCUCAAGGCAGCGAGAAUCAUAGUCCAUUAAGGAUGUCUUCAGACGGGAGCCCUUUCAGUUCUGCUAAUGAGGGCUGUGGAGGGGGUAAUGCAGCUGGUCUUACAGGAGAGGAACAUCCAGCCUCUCUUCAAUACACUCAGAAGAGCAUCGCUGAGGAGAUCAAACGGCUGAUGCAGGAACAGGACAGCUUCUCCGUGGAACCACCUCCUGUCAAGCCCAAGAAGCGCCAGGUUCCUGCCAGAAACAAUGCGUUUGCAUCAGCUCACUCUAGAAAAACUCCUGUUCCAUCAGCGAGGGCCAAAAAACCUGAGAGCAGGCCAUUACCCAGAGCACCUGCAGCCAGCAGAACCAGCCAAGCUGCUAAACCUCCAUCUCCUCUAACACAGAGGAAAACUCAGAACCAGCCCCCUAAAAAGACUCAAAACCUCAACCAAACACAAACAGUCAAAGGUUUAGAACUAAGCAGUGAACUGGUUGCAUCUGUGCAGUCCUUUGCUACAUUCCUACAGCAUCAGGUUGAAGCCAGCAGUCUAAGGGAUAACAUCCCUCCUCGAGCAGACAGGAUCACACCCGAAGCAGUGACGGGACACCAGGUGAUGCAAGAGAAGAUGGAUGGUGGUUCAACCUUUCAGCAGGAGCGCUCAUCACUGGAGCGCUUCCGUCUCCAGCUCGCACAAAAAGAGAGAGAGCUCCAUCUGAGGGAAGAACAAUUACGGGAGGAGCACAAGCAAGAGUUUGCAGCCCUCAGACAGGAGAACUACGUGUUACAGAGCAAGCUACACCGUGCCGAGGAGGCCAGUAACAUGCGAAAGUGGAGUUUUGGCGAAGCUUCGGAUCCUGUGACUGAAGAGAAACUCAAGCUGAUAGAGAAAGAGAUGAAGGAACAGGAGACUCUGAUUCAGGGUUACCAUCAGGAGAAUGAGAAGCUUUAUCUGCAAAUGAAAGCGCUCCAAGCUCAAAGCAAACAAAACGAGGAGGCUUUGUUCAUGGAGAACCAGAGACUUCUCACUGAGCUUGCCCUCACCAGGGACCGAUUGAACAUGAACAGCAUUCAAAGAACUGUCGGAGGGAGAAGCAUUGCUGACCAAAGCUUCAACAUUGCAGAUUUGACAAAUCAGGUACAAGCCGCACAGAAAAAGGAGGAGCGACUGCAAGAUGAGAUCCACAGGCUAAAACAGGAGAAACAAGCACUGCAUGUAGACCUGGAGAUGAUGAGGAAAGAGCGGGACCUUGCCAGAGUUCAGGUUGUGUGUACAUCAGGUGAUAAAGGUUUCGAGCUAAAGAUGCUCCAGGAAAAACAUCAAGAGGAACUCACAGAGCUGAAGAAGAGACUACAGUGGUAUGCCGAAAACCAGGAGCUACUAGACAAAGAUGCGGCCAGACUCCGAGCCGCCACCACUGAGACUCAAAUGCUCACUGAGCAGGUGGAAAAGCUAAAAAUGGAGGUCAGCAAGAGGGCCAAUGAGCAACCAAGAAAGGCAAAAGAGAGAGCGGGUGAAGCUAAAAGAAUCCAAGACCUGGAACGACAGCUCAAACAGAUGGAAGAGCUCUUGAAACGCAGGCAUCCAAACUCCCUGCCAGCCCUGAUCUUGGCUGCUGCGUCUACAGGCACAGAAGAUAAUGGAUUAGAUGUUCGUCCCCCAACUGCCCCUCACCAGAACAAUCAAGUCAUCUCCUCAGAAUUGUCUGCGUCACAAACUCAGGGGUUGAAAGCAGAGAUGGAGGAAGUGAAGAAGGUCUAUCAGAAGCAAGAGAUUUCCCUCAAGGCAGAGGUGGCCUCUCUGCAAGAACAACUCCGCCAGGCCCAGUUGUUGACACAAGCAGACAAACCUGCCCGCAGCCCCUCACGGCACCAGCUCCAUGCGGAGGCGGCACAAGCAACCCGCAUUGAGAGACUGACCCAGGAGCUGAGCUCCAAGAGCCGCACCAUUCAGGAGCUGAGCCGUACUGUAGAGCGCCUGCAGAGGGAGAGGAGAACCAUGCUGUCGGGUCCUGGCUUCGAUCGCGCCGCCAAUGAGCCCAAGCGACAUUUUGGUACAGCCAAAGAGCCCAAAAAACCUGCAGCUGAGACUUUCCCCCCUACCCAAGAUGAGAAAGACUACCACCCCGGAGCGUUCUCAGGAUCACACAUCUCAGAGGUGCAACUGGAGAAUGAUAGUUUGAGGAUAAGAUUGGAACAGCUAGAGAUACAGAAAGAACAAGAGAAAGCUUCCUUGCAGGCUGCAGUCGUACAUGCACAGAGUCAGAUCCUCAGAUACAGGCAGUUGGGGCUGUCUAAGCUUCUAGAAGAGCUGAAACAGGCCAAAGAAGCUCACAGUCCUGAACUACGACACUUCACUAGCCUGGAACAGAAGAUUCAGUCCAUGGAGCUCCGUUAUAAUCAGCGUGAGAAACAGCUUCAGCAGGUGAUUGCAGACACACGGCGGGUGGUGGAACAGGAGCAGCAGGGUGAGUUGGAGCGCUGGAAGAGACUCGCUCAAGGCAGGACUAAAGAGCUGGAGGUCUUCAGACUGGAGCUGGACUCCAUACUGGACGUGCUUCGUGAACUCCAGAGACAGGGUGUAGUCAUUCCCGUCCCAGAACACACCUCCACCACCAGCCACAUAUACCUGCCCCUCCGAUCCUGAGCUGUCUUUGCAUCACUCAGAACACUCAAAUCUCUAUGUCUCUGGCUAGCAGAAUUCCUGUGACAGAACUAAUCAUUGAUAUAAAUCUGUGGGAAUAUUUAUAAUUAUAUAUUGUAAAAACAUUAUUUAACAUGUAACAUCAAAUACAAACAAUUUGGUGUUAGUAAUUUGUAGCAUAAAUCCAAAUGUUAUUUUGUAUUAAAAGUUAAUUAUUAUUUGCACAUUUUGUCCUGUUUUGCUGCUCCGUUGGUUUUACAACACCCGCUUGAGCAGAAUCCAGAAAACCUGAACAAACAGCAGUAAAAUUGCUGUUGAUACACCACCCACAUAAGAGUUAUAUAAAAAAAUGCUGAACUCAAAAGCUCAACCUAAAAGUAUGUUUGAACAACAAAUACUGCAGACAUCAUGAUUUAUUACUCG